AUGACUGGUGAUGAGGAUAGGAUCAGCAAUCUACCUGAUGAUAUUGUUUGCCACAUCUUGUCCUUCCUCUCCACAGUGGAAGCAGCUUUAACUUCUGUUCUCUCAAAGAGAUGGCGGAAUCUGUUUGCCUUCACACCGAAUCUUAGUUUCGAUCACUUGGAGCAUCGGAAUCCCAAUAGUAACUAUAAGGUUUUCAGAAAAUUUGUGGAUAGAGUAUUGGCUGUUUCAGGCAAUACCCCCGUAAAGAAAUUCACUUUGUUUCAUCGACACAAAUCUGAUGCGUAUCGUGUCAACCGUUGGAUAUGCGAUGCACUGAAUCGUGGUGUCUCGGAUCUUGAUCUUUAUCUAGCUCUUGAAUAUAGUCAUUCGUUUCCUUUAGAGGUGUUCUCUUGCAAGACAAUUGUUAAGCUGAAACUAGGAACCCUCUUUGGUAUCGCUAUGGUUCCUGAGAACGCUUCUCUUCCGGCUCUUAAGACUCUGGUUCUUGGUACUAUUGCGUUCUAUGGUUGCGCUUUUGAAACUCUUCUUUCUGCUUGCCCUGUGCUUAAGGAGUUAACAGUAAUUGGUAACCCUUGGGAUCGGAAACAUUGGGAACAGUGUCGCACCGUUUCUUGUCCGACCCUUGAGAGACUUAUCCUUAAGUGUAAAGAUUCUAAUGCUCCUAGGACCAUUACUUUUGAUACCCCCAAACUUGUCUAUAUGGACUACUCUGAUUAUGUUGCGUAUGAGUAUCCAACUCUUAUUCUCAACUCUCUUGUUGAAGCUAAGCUUUCUCUUUAUAUGGGAAUAUAUACUAGCACAAGCGCUCCAACCAAACUGAUUAAUGGGUUAAGAAAUGUUGAGAUCCUCAACUUAUCUUUUGAAACCUCAGAGACUCUUGUCAUCAAGGGUCCCUUGCACCAGCACUAUUAUGAUGAUAAAUAUGAACAAGUAUCUAAAAGUGUUUGCGAAUGCUUGUCUGGGUAUUCUUUUCUAACGUCGUGUCCAGUGAAAAUCCUAGAGAUAACCGAGUACCGUGGAAGUAAAAGCGACUUGGAGCAAAUGAGACAUUUUAUGGAGAAAUUGCCAUGUCUUGAGCUGGUCAAAGUUCGUGUUGCUGCAAAACCAAAGUUUCCAUUCGCCACUGAAGAUCUCCAAAUGCUUCUCAGAGCUUGCAAGAUGCAGCUCAAUUUUCUUCCUCAUCAGACUAACUAA